AUAAGGGAUUAUUAGAGAUAUAGCUCUUUGUACAGUAUCCAAGAGUUGUACAGUAUCAAAGAGCUGUACAGUAUCCAAGAGCUGGGCGUGAAGUUGCAUAGCUGUUCAUUACUUUGACUGACUCAGUGACUCAGACUCGGACUGUUAAGUAAAUUGAUUCAAAAACGCUUUCCAUUAACAUGACGGUAUGUAUUCUCUUUCUUUUCCCUUGCAGGUGAAAUAUAUUAUGGAUGGGGCUGCUUCAAAGUACUGCUUGCCGUGACAUUGUGCGUUUUGGCUGCCACCUAUGUGACUGACGACUUACCUUUAGGCAUCAUGAACCAGGUGCGGUGGAAAGAUAGACUAACCUUUAAACCUCCACCCCACAGAACCUACCCCCAACCCCACAGAACUCAAAGAAUCAGUAGCACUACAAAGUUAAUGCCCACGACAGGUGCCAGUAUUACCAUAACUCCUGCUUACACCACUGUCACAACCAUCAUCGUGAGUACAACACCAACAAGACCACCCUCUGCUGUGACUAUGAAAAGCCCUUCUGCCACUGCUAGUACCCCGACUGCAAGCUCUCCUGAGGGUGCCAGGCUGUACCAUGAGGCCUUCCCAGGCCAGUACAACUUCACCCUGAACGAGCCUGACGUGUGCCAGAGGCAGAGGCCGUUCCUGGUUCUCAUGGUUCCAGUCCACCCUGGCAAUGCGAGGGCCAGAGAGGUGAUCCGGAGCACGUGGGGGAACGAGACCCUGGUGCAAGGCAAGGUGGUCACCACCCUCUUCGUCUUGGGGGCGCUGCACUCGGACGCGGUCCUGCAGGAGAAGGUGCGCAUCGAGAGCGAGAGGCACCGCGACAUCCUGCAGAGUGACUUCAUCGACUCCUACCUCAAUCUGACCAUCAAGACCAUGGUGAUCAUGGACUGGCUGGCCAGCUACUGCCCUGGCGCGUCCUACGCCAUGAAGAUCGACUCGGACAUGUUCCUCAACAUGGAGAACCUCAUGAAGCUGCUGCUGAUGCCUCAAACGCCCAAACAGAACUACAUCACGGGCAUGGUGAUGUGGGACAGGCCAGUUGUCCGCAGCCCCCAAUCCAAAUGGUAUGUCCCCGAGACACUGUACCCCGAGUCCACUUAUCCCACCUACCUGCUGGGGAUGGGCUACCUCUUCUCCAACGACCUCCCGGAGAAGCUGGUGCAGGUCUCCAAGGACAUCAAGCCCUUUAACAUCGAGGAUGCUUACAUAGGCAUGUGCCUGAAACACCUGGGGAUAGACCCCUCCACGCCCCCUGACCCCUCGCAGUUCAAAGCCUACGCAUCUGGGCCCUUCAAGCGCUGUGACUACGUCAAGGUCAUAACCACAAUCCUGGGCAAUGCCAACCAGCUGCUGCAGUACUGGCAGGACUUUAAGAAGGGCGGACCUCCCUGCUGAGGAGGGGAUUGGCUGCAUGCCGAGCGUGGCAGUGAGUGACUGUCAUUAGACUGUCUACCUUUUGUAAAAUGUUGUUAUGUAUUUUUUGUAAAGUAAGAUGUUUUAUGGGAUCAUGUAAGUUUGAAGGACGAUGC